AUGGCAGGAGCCGGCGGGGUCGGAAAAGACAGGGAAGAGGUGGUUGUCCCGACCUCGGGGGGCAGGUACGACGUGCACCUGAGGCAGCGGCAGCGCGUGGCCGUGUACUGGGAGGAGGAGGCAGCCGAGGUGCGUCGCUGCACCUGGUUCUACAAGGGGGACAAGGACAACAAGUACAUUCCCUACUCCGAGUCCUUCAGCGAAGAACUGGAGGAAGCUUACAUGAUUGCUGUGACCCUGGACGAGUGGAAGACAAAACUGGAGUCUCCUAGCAGGGAAAUCAUUAUCUUGCACAACCCAAAGCUGAUGGUGCACUACCACCCUGCUGCCUCCUCCGACGACUGGGGCUCCACUCCCACGGAACAAGGUCGACCUCGGACUGUGAAGAGAGGAGUAGAAAACAUUGCUGCUGAGAUCCCCAAUGGAGAGCCCCUGCAAAUCGACCACCUGGUUUUUGUGGUGCACGGGAUUGGCCCUGCCUGCGACAUUCGCUUCCGGAGCAUCGUCCAGUGUGUCAAUGACUUCAGGAACGUUUCCCUGAGCAUGCUGCAAGCACACUUCAAGAAAGCACAGGAGCAGCAGCAGAUUGGCCGGGUGGAAUUCCUACCUGUGAACUGGCACAGCUCCCUCCACUCCACCGGGGUGGAUGUCGACCUGGAGCGAAUCACUCUGCCGAGCAUCAACCGCCUGCGGCACUUCAUCAACGACACCAUCCUGGACGUGUUCUUCUACAACAGCUCCACGUACUGCCAGACCAUCGUGGACACCGUGGCCUCCGAGAUGAACCGCCUGUACCAGCUCUUCCUGCAGAGGAACCCCCACUUCAGUGGGGGGGUCUCCAUCGCGGGGCACAGCCUGGGGUCGCUCAUUUUGUUUGAUCUGCUGACAAACCAGAAAGCUGCUCCAGAGGAGGACGAGCACAGCGAGGGCUCCAGGACAACCUCGAGCAACAGAGGCAUUGGGGAAGUAAAAGAAAUCCUGAAGAAGCUGGAGCUGUCUGAAUAUUGUGAUGUUUUUGAGAAGGAAAAGAUGGACAGGCAGGCACUGUUCUUGUGCACAGAGAAAAACCUUAAAGAAAUGGGAAUCCCCUUAGGACCAAGAAUGAAGAUACUCCAUUACAUCAGCUCCAAGAGGGAGAUGCAGGACCAGAGCACGGCAGUUCCCGGGCACAGCGGGGAGCACAGGGCCCAGCCUGGGUCCCCCUCACAGCACAACCCAGACAGCACAGAUGAGGGCAGGAACUGCCAAUACCGGGAUGUUGCCUUAGGACAGGUCUCAGCUAACUAUCCUCAGCUGGACUACAAGCCCACCAUCUUCUUUGCUUUUGGGUCUCCCAUCGGGAUGUUUCUCACAGUCCGUGGAGUCAAGCGGAUCAACCCCAACUACAGCCUGCCCACCUGCAAAGGCUUCUUCAACAUCUUCCACCCUUAUGACCCGGUGGCGUACAGGAUCGAGCCCAUGAUUGUCCCAGAUGUGGAGUUUGAGCCCAUGUUGCUGCCCCACCACAAGGGCAGGAAGAGGAUGCACCUCGAGCUGAAGGAAGGGCUGACUCGGAUGAGCGUGGACCUGAAGAACAACCUGCUGGGGUCCCUGCGGGUGGCCUGGCAGUCCUUCACCCCCAGGGGAGAAGGACCCAUCACUGAAGCUGCCCCUCCUCUGCAAGAGCCCACUGUGGGGCUGCUGCCCCUAAGCUGAAUCACGUUGCUCUUCAUGCCUUCAGACACGAAGCCAGACGAGCCCCCUGCAGCAGCAAAGGAGGAGACCCCCCCCAUCAACGUGGGGAGGCUGAACGGAGGGAACCGCAUUGACUACGUGCUGCAGGAGAAGCCAAUAGAGAGCUUUAAUGAGUAUCUAUUUGCCCUGCAAGGGCAUCUCUGCUACUGGGAGUCAGAAGACACAGUUCUGCUUGUUCUGAAGGAGAUCUACCAGACACAAGGCAUUACACCUGAUCAACCUUUGCCAGGAGGCCAAUGA